UUUCAGUCGGCCUCCCGAUAAUUCAGACAGCAUCACCCUCGAUUGCCGCCGGCAUGGCCGGGACUGGGCCGACGACGCGAGCUUCGUCGCUUCCCGGCAAAUGCAGCGACCCUCUAUCGACACUGUCCGGACCAUGUACAACUUGACUGUCUAUUGGUUUGCAACAGGCCAGAAGGAGAAGUUCCAGGCUUGCGCAAGUGAGACUCCUCUCUGCGCUUCCCCUACGAUGACCCGCUGACGACCUAGACAUGGCCCUCCGGGCAGUGCGGGAUCUGGCCAGUGAGAGCGACCGCGUGCCGCAAGAUCAGACUCGCAGCUUGAGAUGGUGUUGCUUCUGGACCGACAUGGCGUGUCGCUGCUUUGUCCUGGAUGACAGCUUCGCCAGCCCAGCGCGUCUGAUCGACAUCUCCGAUGUCGCCGUUGAGAAAACAACAACACAUCUUCCUGACUCCCAAUUGACCGUGCUGAUCGAAAUACAACCCACUCGCGCUCAGGAAAUGCUUUUGAAAACAGUGAGCUUGUGGCGUGAUGUCAGAUGGUUUAUCCGCAGCCUAGACCCGGCUGCAGACGCAUCGGAGCAAUGGGGAGCAUUAUUUGCGCUGGACAGCAAAGUCUGCACCCACCAUGAAUCAUUCCCCGCCUCAAUGCGUGAAGUCGGGGGUGGUGGGCGCGAAGCCGCGGAGCUGGUCCUGGCGCUCCAAGCCUUAUACCACCAGUGCCGCGCCCUACCCCAUCUGACUAUGUUCAUGUUCCUGCAGCAGACCCCCCCUUCUCCUGCCGAAUACAAGCAGCUGUGUGCGCGAAUCGCCACGCGUCAUUUAAACGCUUUUGCCGAGACGGUCACCGAAUUUCUGUCUCUCCGAUCGGCCAAUGCGGCUGCAGUGCCCCCGUACGUGGCCUACUGUGCCUUUUUGACGGCUUCUAUCCACCUGGGCUAUCUCAGCCUCGUGCAACCGUCGCUCAGCGGUGCAGGGGCCUCUCCUCAGACAGCGUUGGUCAAGCGAUGGGCUCUAUCAAGCCUUCUGCUGCUGCGCCGGCUGCAGUGCUACUGGUCGUCUUGCCAGGAGAUGGUGAGUCUACUGACCGUCACAAACCCAUAUCCCGGAAAAAAGUCAAACAUACUAGAAAAAGGCAAAUCUAACCAAAGCAGUGUCGCCGUCUCGAACCCGUAUGUCAGACCCUCGGCAUAUCGCUCACAGAUCUGCACGCCCAUGGCCGAGCGACCCAAGAGGAAGAAUCAGAUCUCCAAACUUAUCAAUUCCUGAACUCUGCGCGCGAGGAGCUUGAGUUCAUCAUGAGCCAGGAUAUGACGCGCAUCGUGCAGCUCCUCGACUUGAGCCAUCCCGCCUACUGCGACUUCCAGAAGUUACAAUCGGCUCUCACCCCACCCCCGACC